ACACAUCAGGCGUAUGUGACGCUGUGCACCAACGAUGCCUACGUCGUUGGCGCCAUGCUCUUGGCCCACAGCCUGCGACGCACGGGCACACGCCGACAAAUCGUAUGCAUGAUUACUGAGCAGGUCGCCGACUUUCAAAAGGAUCGCCUGCAAGACGUCUUUGACCGAGUCUUUACAGUGGAGGAGCUGGACAGCCAGGACCCCUUCCACCUGGGCCUCCUGCAACGACCUGAGCUUGGCGUCACCCUCACCAAGCUGCACGCCUGGAAACUGACGCACUACGACAACUGUGUUUUCCUCGAUGCUGACACGCUUGUUUUGACCAACAUUGAUGAGCUGUUUGAGCGCAAUUGCUUUGCCGCUGCCCCCGACAUUGGCUGGCCCGAUUGCUUCAACAGUGGUGUCUUCGUCUUUCAACCCUCCUCGGCCAAGUUUGAAGAUCUUGUCCGCCUGCUUGCUUCAACAGGCUCCUUUGAUGGUGGAGAUCAGGGACUGUUGAACGAGUAUUUUGCCGACUGGGCCACGCAGGGAGGUGAAGCACGCCUCCCUUUCGCGUACAACAUGACCGCCAAUGCCAGCUAUGGUUAUGCCCCUGCCUUUGAGCGUUUUAAAGCAGAUAUCAAAGUCAUUCACUUCAUUGGAGCACGCAAACCCUGGAUGGGCAUGCCUGACCCG